UUUUUUUUCUUCUUUUUGGUUUCAUCUUUCUUCUUUGUUCUUUCUGCUUUGCCUAUCCCUUGGAACAUUUCAAUUCACUUUGUAGAACAACAAAACAAAAGUAAACCCCCACCACCCCACUUCUUCUACCCCCCAAGCACUCUGCAUUGUCUCUUCAAUUGUCCAUUUCUUGUUCUGCAGAAACUGCUAAAACCCUUUUUCUGGUUUCUUGAACAGUUCCAGAAUCUCAAUUUUUUUUGUUUUUUAAUGAAAAUUGAGUGUUUUCUUGAUUCUUUUUCCAAAUGGGGCUCUUUGUUUUUAGUCUUUGAACAGUUACAGAAUCUAUAGCUUCACUUGCACGAUUUUGAUUCUUUAGGGAUUUGGUUUCUUGUUUUUCAUAUAAGAUGGGGUUCUUUUUUUAGUUUUGAACUUCUCUGAUUCUUUAGGUAUUUGGGUUUUGAUUAAUUGUGAGAAAUGCAAUCAGAGAGCUCAGAACAGGUGAGAUCGGUUGUGGCAGCAGCUGAUACUAGAGGGAAGCAUCGGAUAUCUGCUGAAUUGAAGAGACUUGAGCAAGAAACUCGUUUUUUAGAGGAAGAACUUGAAUUGCUUGACAAAAUGGAAAAGGCAUCAGCUGCUUGCAAGGAGAUGCUAAGUAAUGUGGAAACAAGGCCAGAUCCAUUACUACCAGUAACACACGGUCCAACAAAUCCUUCCUGGGAUCGAUGGUUUGAAGGAGCACAAGACGCAUCAGGUUGCAGGUGCUGGAUAUUGUGAAUUUGUGACGACCCUCAGCUGAUUUUGGAAGUUCUACUGAUUGGAGAGGAAGUUGAAGUGUUUGUAUUCACAGUUUGUUGCCUUAUACAGAGGUCUUAUGUGCAGAAAAUGACUUUUUUUUUUUAUAUCCCUUAAGAGUUGAAAUUCAAGAUUUCUAAUCUUUAUUGCUAGGUCACUCAGCAUUGUGCAGAUGACAUUUUCUAAUUUCUAUUGUAACAUCAUAACAAGUAUUUGCUUGUGUUUAGAAAUGAUUCAUAAUACCUGUCUCAGUUGCUAAACCUUCAACCAAGAACCACUGUAUGUUAUUUGUUUCAACGUUUAUUUUGGA